AUGAGGAGCGCAGGGAGCCGGGGGGAGCGAGGGCCGGAGAGCAGGGCGGAGCACUCGCAGCGGCGGACCCGCGGGCUGGAGGAGCGGGCUUCCCACUCGCAUUUGCCACGCUCCUCGCCAACCGGGAAGACGUCGACGUCACGCUGCGAGACCAGCGCCCGCCGGAGCAACGCCCUGACCUUCCGCACUGCCAGGCCAGCGAUCUUCGUGUUCCAAAGAGCUACAAAGAGGCCAUGGCGUCGGANGGGGGGAACGGGGGCCGGAGAGCAGGCGGGAGCACUCGCAGCAGUGGACCCGGGGGCUGCAAGAGCGGGCUUCCCACUCGCAUUUGCCACGCUCCUCGCCAACCGGGAAGACGUCGACGUCACGCUGCGAGACCAGCGCCCGCCGGAGCAACGCCCUGACCUUCCGCACUGCCAGGCCAGCGAUCUUCGUGUUCCAAAGAGCUACAAAGAGGCCAUGGCGUCGGAGCACCGGCACCUGUGGAGCGACUCUAUGCAAAGGGAGUUUUAUGGCUUGUUGGAAGCGGGAACUUUUACUCCGGCGAAGAUGUUGGCUGCUUUGGCGUGCGAGUUGAACCUCGACUUGUGUCAUUUCGAUAUUGAGCAAGCUUUUGUGCGUUCGGAGUUAGAGGAAGACGUGAUGUUGGCUGCUUUGGCGUGCGAGUUGAACCUCGACUUGUGUCAUUUCGAUGUUGAGCAAGCUUUUGUGCGUUCGGAGUUGGAGGAAGACGUGUACAUGCGUUUGCCGCAGGGAUGUGGAGCUCUAUCAGGAAUGAUUGUAAAACUAGGCAAGAGUCUGUAUGGCUUAAGACAGGCAUCUAGGCAGUGGCAUGCAAUGCUGAAGAGGUGUUUGGUGGCGUUAGGUUUCGAGCAGUGCAUGGCCGAUGCUUGUGUGUUUCGUUUGAUUGAGGAUGGAUGUGUUGUUUUGAUUUUGGUAGCACAUUUAGAUGACAUUUUUGCUGUGGGAGAGAGGGAGAGAUGUGACAAGUUUGGCGCCGACCUUAACAAGUCCGUGCCAGUGAAGAACCUGGGAAAGUUGAGAUGGUAUUCUGGGUUCUUUUACGAGAGGAACGNGAGGGAGAGAUGUGACAAGUUUGGUGCCGACCUUAAUGAGUUGACGAUUUCUCAGCAGACUUUCACGGAUGAGCUAGCAGCAGAGUAUGGAGUAGUGGGAGGUAAGAGCGUUCCGAUGUCUUCGGGGGUGAAGCUUUCUGAUUUUGAUGCGGAUGAGGUGGCGACAGACUUUCCGUUUCGUGAACUAGUCGAAUCUUUGAUGUGGCUGGCGACUCAGACUAGGCCAGAUAUUGCGAAUGCGGUAGCUAGGUAUUGCGCAUCUCCGAAGCUGGUCCACUGGAAUGCAGCGAUGGAUAUUUUAGGGUGUGCGAGGAGGACGAGUCACGUCGGUAUUUCGUUUCAGAGAGGUACAGUAGAGGGUUUCAGUUUGCAGGGGUACGCUGAUGCGGACUUUGCAAGCAAGGCAGCAGACCGUAGGUCGGUAUCAGGGGGGAUCGUCACGUGUGGAGGAGGCGCCGUGUCUUGGUUUUCCAGAACGCAGAAGUGUGUUACGCUUUCGACGACAGAAACAGAGUACGUCGCGCUUGGUGACGUAGUGAAGGAGGUUUUGUUUUUGAGGCAAAUUUGGCGUUUCGUGUAGCCGCAGGUCGGCAUGCCGUGCAUCACAGUGAGGACAACCAGGGGGCGAUUCAACUAGCGCAGAACCCCAUCUCAAACUCGAACUCGAAGCACAUAGAUGUAAGGCACCAUU